AUGCAAACAAAUAUCCGGGCGCUCCGCCAACAACGGCAGCAACGUCAACAAGAGAUACGAGAGGCACGGCAGCAACGUCGAGAGGAACAGCAGCAACGUAAACAGGAGAUACGGGAGGAACGGCAGCAACGUGAACGGGAUAUACGAGAGGAACAGCAGCAACGUGAACGGGAUAUACGAGAGGAACGGCAGCAACGUCGAGAGGAACAGCAGCAACAUGAACAGGAGAUACGAGAGGAACAGCAGCAACGUGAACGGGAGAUACAAGAGGAACGGCAGCAACGUCGAGAAGAACAGCAGCAACAUGAACAGGAGAUACGAGAGGAACAGCAGCAACGUAAACAGGAGAUACGAGAGGAACGGCAGCAACGUGAGCAAGAGGUAUGGAAAGGACGGCAACAGCUCAGACAUGAGACACGCAGAAUCGAUCCACAACCCGAGCUAGAGCAGACGCUAAAAUUGUUCGAGGCCCCUAGAAGAGUUGAGCCAGAAACAGUCUUUUUCCAAUCUGCUCGUCAGAAACAACCAAGCGCGAAAUGUCCUUUGCUUCUGCUCACGUGCGAAUGGCUGCAAUCCGUAAACUGGCCGCCAUCCCUCUUCAACAGCGCAUUUGAUCGUUGCUAUUGUAAACAUUGCUAUCCAGCUCACUGGAACGAUGUUGAACUUGUAGCAGGAUGCAAAGUUCGACGUAUGAAAAAAGCGGAUAAUACUAAUGUUUUCAAAAAAUUUAGUGAUAAAUUAGAAAAAUUUGAGCAAAAUCUAAUAACUCACCCUUCAGCUGUACCAUUUUCAAAUGUAUUUCAAUCACCAUCCACUUCAUCAUUAACACAAUUACCUCAUAGUCACAGUGAAACAGUAUUGUAUAAUCAACAGUAUUCUGACACACAUACAAAUGACGAUUUGGUUUCAUUACAAAAUUAUUCAUAUGACAAUAAUAAUCAAAAUAAUGAUCCUACAAUACUAGUUAGACCACAAUCCGAUUCUUCAUUUCAGUCAGCAACAACAACAGGCACAUUCUAUCCAGAAGAAAUACCUGAAAAACCAUGGAAACCAAUCGCAUCAGAUCAUCCUAGUCAAGAUGUACAGAGUGAUGAUAAUAUAAUAAACUUUGAUGCUAAAAUGAAAAAAAAAUGUUUGGCUUUAAUGAAAGACAAGGAAGUGUCAUUAAGUGAUAUUAAACACUACGAUGCCAAAGAAUCUUUACUACGACAAGCUUUAUCAAUUAAUGUUCCUAGCGUUACUGUACCCAUAAUCAUGUUUUUGGAAAACACUUUAUCACAAUCUCUUUUCUGCGACUUGAUUAGCCAAUAUCCAUCAGUAAUCAGUACUUAUCUAAAUAUAUGCAAACUGUGCUCAGAUACAGAUGAUUAUGUAAAAAUGUUGAAACGCUUUGGACAAUUAGACGAACUUGCUUUGGCACAAUUUCGUCUAGCUGGUCAAACAACUGAUUUACCUGCAAAAUUUAGAUUUCUGGACGAAGCUAUAGAUAAACUUACUUCGAAUUAUUGGUGGCAAACACAAGUAUUUGAUUAUAGACGUUUACUUGAAAAACAACAAACAUUACAUAUUGCAACGACUACAACAUUAUUUAAAACGUUUCGAUCAUGUUAUGACACUGAAUUUCGACGAAAUGAUAAAAAUGUCAGUAAUAAUGUUAUUUGGGAUUUGUGUGUGUCUUUAUCACCAGAAUUGACAAUGUACGCUAAAUUGUCCGUAAUAAUCUCACAUGGUUUAAGAACAUACUAUCAAGAAUUUGUUAGUACAGCUCUUCCACAAGGUCUAUCAAGACAUAAGUAUAUUAUUUCUCCACAUGUACUUGUCGAUAUGGUGUAUAAAGCAUCCAUUGAUAGUGGUGAAAGAGAGCUGGCUAGUGAAAGAACAAAAAAAUUUUUAUUAUUGAUAACUAAUCCGGAAAAACGUUUGACAUAUGCUGAAAAAUAUGGCAAUUAUGAUGUUGCCAUUGAUACAAUUGUUAACAAUUUAAAAGAUCGUUCAAAAUUAGAAAAUUUACGUAAACGAAUGCCAAAAGAUCAUUAUGCAAUUAUUCGAGCAACAACACUUCUAGAAGUAGCGUACUUGUUUCGAUUAUACAUUUGUAAAAUAUGUUUGCUAUAAUUCGUGUUGUUUUGGUUUUAGACAACAAAAUGGAAAAAUUAAAUUUGUAUUAUUUUGUUUUGGCGAAGACUAUCAUCAUUUUCCAGUAUUAUUAGACAAUAUUCCUGUCAUUUGUAGAAAAGCACCGGUUACAACUGAUAAAUUUUAUCUUUUUUUCUGAAACGGGUUACCGAAGAAGUCUUUUUCUUUGUAUAAAUAUUGAAAGCAAGAAGAAGAAUACGCCCUCCCAUAGCUCAUAAUGUGAAAAAAUGUUUACUCUACAAAACUCAGUUAUUUGAGAACAUGAAUCUGCGUUGGGCAAAUUUUUUUGUGAAAAUAGUGCACAAUUUCGGAUUAAACGAAUAUAACCUAACGUCUUGCAUAUGAAAAUUAUGUUUUCUAUGCGAGAUUUAAAAUUCAAUACGCGAAUAAUAUAAACCCUGCGACAUUCCAUAACUGCUUACCCUCAGCCCCACUCACCCUCCCUUACCCUACACAGACUCACCCUCUACAGAUCUCCAAAUAAUUCAGUUCAUAAUCGGACGACAAAAAAAUUGUUCUGAUCAUCGUUAUCCAAUUGAAUAAUCAUUCGACUUUCCUGAUCGGCAAAAAGUCAUAUUGAAAAGUGUCUAAUUUCGGAGUCGCUCAAACGUCGGUCGCUCAAGUGUCGGUCGCUCAAACGUCGAUCGCUCAAGUGUCGGUCGCUCAAAUGUCGGAGUCGCUCAAAUGUCGGUCGCUUAAACGUCGGAUUACGGAUUUAUUUCCAGAGUUUCUGAAAAAUUUCGUUUUCCAGAAAAUCGGGUCUUAAGAAAUGCUUUAAGCCAUCGUAAUCAGCUGGUCGAGCGCUAUAAACUAGGGUAUAUCCCAUUGAAAAGUGAGAGUAACACUUGGGAACCUUUCCUCGUAAGUAAACUGAAAUCAAGUCAUAAGUAACAUAAGUCAAGGUAGGUUAUUCAACACUUGGCUUCAGUCGAAAAAUUACUUUCACCUUUGGACAAAUUAGAGCGACACCUUUUUUAAAAAAUCUGAUGUGCUAGCAUAAAACAGAACGAUAUGUGGGGCUGUUUUAUGGCAGGGC